GUCUCCAAAUCACCUUAACCUCAAAAAGAAGCUAGCUCUCAGAAACAGGUUUGUUGCCAUGGAAGGCACAGUGUCACUGGAGUAGACUAGUAAAAGGCUCUGCCUACAGUGCUUUAUGUCAUCACUUCAGUUACUUGAAAACUGAAGUUCCAGGAGACUGCAGAAAGGGAACCUGCCUUGACUCCAGCACAUCCUCCCAAUGGCCAAUCCAAAUGACAGUGCUGUUACGAAUGGGACUCUACACAAUCCUAACACCCAGCAGAGAAAAAGGCAAAGCACUGGUUGUGUGAAAAAUGGGAUCUCGAAGGAAGCCCAGCAAAAUAGGAAGGCACAUGCUGGGGAUAAGCCAGUCUUUGAGCACCACCCAGAAGCACCACUUUAUGUCUUCGUUUUCACUUACAUGGGAUAUGGAAUUGGAGUCCUAUUCGGCUAUCUCAGAGACUUUAUGAGAAACUGGGGAAUCGAGAAAUGCAAUGCAGCUAUAGAGCGAGAAGAACAAAAAGACUUUGUGCCGCUGUAUCAGGACUUUGAGAACUUUUAUAAGAGGAACCUUUACAUGAGAAUCAGAGACAGCUGGAGUCACACAGUCUGCACUGCCCCAGAGCCUUACAUGAACAUGAUGGAGAAAGUGACUGAUGACUAUAACUGGACAUUCAGGCAUACUGGAAGAGUUAAAGAAAAUGUCAUCAACAUGGCCUCCUACAACUACCUUGGGCUUGCAGGGAAAUACGAUGAGUCGAUGGAGAGAGUUAAGGAUACUUUAGAAAAGUAUGGCGUAGGUGUAGCCAGCACCAGAAAUGAAAUGGGUACCUUGGAUAUACACAAAGAGUUGGAGGAUCUCAUGGCUAAGUUCUUGAAUGUAGAAGCAGUGAUGGCUUUUGGAAUGGGAUUCGCAACCAACUCAACGAACAUCCCUAUAUUUGUUGGAAAGGGAUGCCUCAUUUUAAGUGAUGAGUUAAACCACACUUCGAUCAUCCUGGGGGCUCGCCUCUCAGGUGCAGUCAUAAGACCCUUCAAACACAAUAAUGCAGAACACCUAGAGAAGCUCCUGAGAGAAGCUAUCAUCCGUGGCCAGCCUGGCACAGGGAGAGCUUGGAAAAAGAUUCUCAUCCUGGUAGAGGGCAUCUACAGCAUGGAAGGUUCCAUUGUGAACCUUUCCCAGAUAGUGGCUCUGAAGAAGAAAUACAAGGCUUACCUGUACAUCGAUGAAGCUCACAGUAUUGGCUGUACAGGCCCCACGGGCCGAGGCAUCAGAGAGUUAUUUGGACUGGCCCCUGAAGAUAUUGACUUAUACAUGGGUACCUUCACCAAAAGUUUUGCGGCCUCAGGAGGAUAUAUAGGUGGGAGAAAGGAAACUGUGGAUUAUUUACGGAUGCAGUCACAUAGCGCUACUUACGCCACAUCCAUGAGUCCCGUAGUAGCGGCACAAGUCAUCAGAUCAUUGAAGAUAGCUAUGGGAUAUGAGGGGAACUUUGGAGGAAUGCAGAGAAUACGGCAACUUACAGAAAACAUAAAAUACUUCCGACGGAGACUGAGAGAGAUGGGAUUCAUCGUCUAUGGCAAUGACUUCUCUCCUGUGGUCCCUGUGCUCCUCUACAUGCCUGCUAAAGUGUCUGCUUUCGGGAGAUUUUUGCUUAAGAAAAAUAUUGCAGUGGUGGUUGUUGGAUUUCCAGCUACUUCCCUGCCAGAAGGUCGGGCCAGGUUCAGCAUUUCCUCUGCACAUACUCGGGAGAUGUUAGACACAGUUUUGGAAGUCGUUGAUAAACUUGGUGAUCUCCUGAACGUGAAAUAUUUCCCAUUCAAGAAGUCAGGGAAUGCUAUACUCUACAAUAAGGAGGGUUUUGACAAUGAAACAAGCUUUGAAGAGACGCACUCUCAACCAGAAGCCUAAGUUUCCUGACUCCAAAUGGAACAUAAAGACUACCAGAAAGACCUCCCUCCCUCUUUCUCUUGAAAGUAAUAUAAUUGUAUUUUACCCCUUCUGAGGACAAUUUCAUCCUCCAAACAAGCUUAAUUGGAAAAGGGAAAUAAUCAUUUAUUUAAUGUCUCAAGCCUGCUGCUACAAAGCAAAAGAAUAUAAUUCUAGAUUUAAGUUCUCCCUCUCCUUUGCUAUAAAUACACACAUGCAUGCAAAUGGCAGUGACCCUGUGUUUCAGUUGCUUUUGGGUCAGGUCUUUUCAAGGACUCCAACUAAAAUGGAAGGACUUCGAAUUUUAGCUUGAUAAUCUUCCUGGGUACCAUCUGCACAUAAGGAAAAGAGUGUCAGAGAGGAUCUGUGUCCCUUGUUCAUACGUAUCGUGGGAAGCUCCAGGAAAGGCAGAGGCAACAUUGCUUCUGUUUGUCACAUUUGGACUUUUCUCCAAAGACAGGUGUCAAAAGACACAGUUAAUGCUUGGGAGAGAAUGCAGAACUGACCCGUGGUGAGCAGAGAUGUCUUUGAAGCAAACCGUCCUUUUCCUCUUGAUGUCCUGCUACAACUUUAUUGUUAAGCUUUAAGGACUGGAAAGAUCGUGACUCUUGUUUUCUAAAGAGGAGGAAGAAAAGCAAUCACAAGUCAGUUUUGGACCUAGACUAAAACUAUAAAAUUAAACCGACCCAAAUGAUGCUGGUGCUAUGCAGAGUGAGCUUAGCAUGCUUGGCCUUUGUUGCUUUAAGGAAUAUCUUUCCAUUUUUCUAUUGAAUUCUGAGCACAUAGUGAAACUCAAUUUCCCUUACAACAUGUUCCCAAAUUACACUU